GAUCAGUCUGCUCAGGAAACCUCUGUUGGAGAAAGUACUGGAGUCCAAAUUGAAGGGGAGAGGAGUUGAGAUUUUGUGCAAAGAACUGCCUUGCUCCUGCAGAGGACCACAUCUCGGGAAAAUAGCACACAUAUUUUAAAUUGGUCAUUUUAACAACUUUUUCAGAGUGCACGGCGAAAAGCCUGCAAUUAAUGUCUUUUUUGUUUUGUUUUGGGUUUUUUUUUUUUUAAAAAUAGAUAGCAACACUCUUGGAUAAAGACUCUUGGCUUUAGCUUUAAAAAUCGGAUUAUCUGACUGAGGCAUUGUGUUCAUUAGACCAGUCCACUUUUCCCCCUCCUCUCUUCGCAUUUGAGGUUUAUGCUAUAACUGAAGAGAACACCAACGAUGAUUCUGAGUUUUUGCCUCUUGGUGACAUUUACUAUCUUGAGGCUGACCGGGUGUUUGGGCUCAUACGUGCCGUGCGAGCCUUGUGACCAGAAGGCGCUGUCCAUGUGCCCUCCGGUCCCGGUCGGCUGCCAGCUGGUCAAGGAACCGGGCUGCGGCUGCUGCCUAACAUGCGCCCUGUCUGAGGGACAGGCGUGCGGCGUUUACACCGGGACGUGCACCCAGGGCCUCCGCUGCCUUCCGAGGAGCGGGGAGGAGAAACCCCUGCACGCCCUUCUCCACGGCAGGGGAGUGUGCACCAACGAGAAAGGAUACAAACCUGUCCACCCGCCUAUAGAUCGUGAGUCUCGAGAACAUGAGGACACGCUGACCACAGAGAUUACAGAGGAGAUGCAGCCAGCUAAAGUGCCACUCCUUCCCAAAGACAUUGUGAACAGUAAAAAAAUUGUGGCUCUGCGCAAGGAGCAAAAGAGGAAGCUCGGCAGGCAGCGCUCCAUGGGCUCCCCUAUGGACUACUCACCUCUUCCCUUUGACAAGCAUGAGCCUGAAUUUGGUCCUUGCAGAAGAAAACUGGAUGGUAUAAUUCAGGGAAUGAAGGACACUUCUCGUAUAAUGGCUCUGUCUAUGUACCUACCCAACUGUGACAGAAAAGGAUUCUUCAAGCGCAAGCAGUGCAAGCCAUCUCGCGGCCGCAAACGAGGCAUCUGCUGGUGUGUGGACAAGUACGGAGUUCAGCUCCCCGGGACAGAUUACAGCGGAGGGGACAUUCAGUGUAAAGACCUGGAGAGCAGCAACAACGAGUGAAAAGGGGAGGACCACCCUUGGUCCCCAACCCCCCGUCCCCUAACCACCAUGUGACCCAGGGCCCACACCUCCUCUCUGAAUCACACCUGUAUGCUCCGCUCUCACAUCAAGAUUUUUGUUUUUUCAAAUUGAAAAAAAAAAAAAAAGGAAGAAAAAAAUCCAAACGAAAGAACAGGCUGAAAAAAAGACACCUGUAUUUUUUUCUUUUCUUUUCUGUUGUUGACCAAGCACUCAUCUCCGAAUGAGGGGAAAAGUCCCAGAAGAUUUACUAGAUCCCUUGACUAUUGCUCAUGGGACCCCUUGUGUGAGCCGGGUCCCCUGGCUGCAGAUCCAUGAAAAUAUAUGCACACAAUGGAUAUAUUUUUAUAGAAACUGGGGGUUUCAAUACAAUACUUUGUAUGAUGUAAAAUUAACAUAACAUAAUUGUGAAGAAAAAAGCAUAAGGCACAUUGAUUGAAAACAGUUAUAUUUUAGGCUGUUGAAUCAGAUGCCACUGUGGAACUGACGAUUGGCAGAGUAAUUUGUUGUUUUUUUUGUUUGUUUUUUUUGUCUUUUUUCCAAACGAGAAAAAAAAAAGAAACAAGAGAUAGGGAUAUGCUGUAACAGUUGACUCUAUCUGGGUAUGUGGUUCUGUCAGAGCACUUAUAAAUAGGGGAACCUGCUAAGAUAUGUGUAACUUCACAAAAUAAUGUGUGCAUGAAUGCGUGUGUGUGUGUGUACAGUGCGAAUGUGUAGUAUGUAUCAGCCUGUGUUGGCGUAUGAUGGAGUGAGCCUAUUACAAAAAAAGAAUGUCCUUUUUUUUCUUUCUCUUUUGUUUGAUUUUGUCACAACAAGUAUUGCUAGCGCUUGAGGUGGUCUUGGGGCUGGCCUUCUCUAUAAUGUAAAGUAUGUCUUGGGACACGGAGCGUUCAGAAACAAAAGAGUAAGCAAAUCAUUACAGAUGAACCUAUGUAAGUGGCUCUUUGACAAUGUAGCUAGCCUGAUAUGCCAACUGUGCCUAUUUGAACAGACACUGCCAUGCAGGGCGACACAGAGCUUAGAGAGCACUGACUCUAUACUGGUGAAAUAAAGAUUACAGUUUUCAGCUUAAGUGAUGGGACUCACUUCUGACUUUGAUCUUUUGAGUUGAGUGCAUAAUCAAACUUGCCAAGUCAGGCCGGUUGCUUCUCUGAUUCAGUUGUGUGAAGUGUAGUUUUGUAUGGUUUUGUUUGUGCUGUUUUCUUUGCCUUCAGUGAAGUAAAGACCGCCCACUUUUGAGCCAUGUUCCUUUAUCAAAUGGUUUCCCCUCAGUACUGCUACUACAGUGUAACCAUGGUGUAUUACUUUUAAAUAUAGUAAUUGAAUGUUGUUUUUCCUGUAGAGACAAAGUAUGACAACAAUUUAAUUGUGCUUGGAAAUUUUUUUUUAGCCUGUAAACAAUUUGAAUAGGUCCUCCUUGUAGCUUGUCUGGACAAUGACCGAGAGUCAUUUGACUACAGGGCAGUCAAAGAAGCUAACUCUCUGGAAACCUUCUGCUGACAUGCCUCCAUACAAAGUUUAUCUGCUUACUUACAGUUAAGGGGAUCAUGAUCAAACACAAAGGUUACAGGUUAUAACAGGGUCAUUUAAGUAGAGUUGUUCUCUCUCUGUGUGCAAGUCACAGUGCCUUCCUACAUGCAAAUACAUUUAAGUAGUGACGUGAAAGUGACACAGGGCAAUUUCCUUUUUCCGACAGCCCCUCACUGGGACUGGUUGGUGUUAUGAUGAUAAAACAGGUCUAGGUUUAGUUCUGAUAAGGAGAAGAACAAUGAAUGUGGUAGGUCCUUAAAUGGUUUCAGCAACACAUUGCAAAUCCAUUUGUGAUCUCCACCUGUACCUCGGGGGCAAUUCUGAUCAAGAAUGAUUUGUGAGGAACUGCUGUGUAACUGCAGUCAGUUAAACCUCCCUCUUGUCUUUCUUUGACAACCAAUAAGCUAAGAUUCUUGCUUUUUUCUUGUGAAUGCCAAUGUAUAUGAUUGCCAGAGAGGGGAGUCCUGAGGAUGUUUGGAGGUAAACCAACCAUUUCCUUUGUUUAAACAAAAGAGAAAUGAUAUUUGCAUCCAAAACGGCUCCCGGUUGUGAAUAUAUUAUCAAGGCUUCUUGCCCCCACUUCCAACACCAAAUCCCCACUACCACUUUCGAAACAAAAAAGCAGCUUGCACUUAUUUCAGUUACUCACUAUUGAUAUUGAUACUCAACAACGUCCUAAGAUGUGGUAUCAUGAAGUUAGUGGAACACAAAAAAAUGUAAAAACGGAAAAAAAAACAGCCACAAAAGCUAAAUGUUGUGUUAUCUUGUGCUUACCUGUUAAAGGUGGUGCUUUGAGGUAAUAUUUGUUGACAGGGGCUGUGCAGCCCAUGCCUGGGACCUCCAAUACAGCAACAUCCUUUAGGGAAAAAUAGAUCGAAAGUAACACACAGCUAGAGAUGUUCUCAUGGCCUAUUGCACAGAGAUGAGAGGUAAGAUAGAGGGGGGAAAGAGAUAGAGGAGAGAGGAAAGAGGAAGAGCGAGCGUCAUGGGCAGUGGUCACAAUCAGGGCCUAGCCACUUCCCCGAUAUGGGGUCACCAAUUGCAUGACAUUAGUUACAGUUAGCAAGAGAGUUACCAGGAGUCAUGGAUCGCAACCAGGAGAGUAUCAAGUUCCAAUUUCAUAUAAAUACUCAAGUCAAAAACAGUGAAAUGUCUGACAUCUGGGACCAGUUAUUGUCUAGAUUCAUUAAGGGUGUGAAUACUUCAGUUUUGAAAGUAUUCAUUUCUUUUGUUUGGAAAGCAGGUUGAGGUUCAAGGUUGAAAAACAAAAAAAAGUCUCUCCUUUAUUAAUGUCAGUAACUUCCUGUUUCCGACACCUGUUUGCGAGUAGUGACUUCCUCAGGUUUCUCAUCUCUUACAUGGUUUACUCAUCUUCACAAUUCAUCCUUUAGUACAGUUACUACAGCUUUUUUCUGAAUACAUAACACUUUCUGGAUGUAAUGAGACAAUACAAUUGGUUUUCAUAAUUUGGUGUUCACUGGCUUGUGAAAUAGACCCAUCGGCGGCAGGAGGACAGUGGGAAAUAAAAAUGGUCAGUAUUUGGAACUACAUAAGACAAAUAAGAAAAAAAAGACAAAAAAUCUCAAAUUAUUAAAGUGAAUAUCACUGUGUAAUAUUUAUUCAACUUGUAAUUUAUGUACUCUUUUAACCUUUGUCUUUUUUUUGUUAUGACAAAGCAUUUAUUUAAAUAAAGUUAUGUAUUCAUU